CAAGUCGGAACAGAGGAAUGCGCCAUCGUGGAGUUUGAAGAGGUGGACGCCGCCAUAAAAGCGCACGAGUCGAUGUGUGUUGCGGACAACGAGACGGACAUGAAGGUCGUGCUCAUUGGGAUGAAGCCCCCCAAGAAGAAAGUUCCGAGAGACAAGACCCGCGAAGAAGACCCCGACAAGGGUCUCGCCAAAACACGGUCAAUGAACAAGAGAGUGGAAGAACUGCAGUAUGCUGGCGACGAGUCUUCAACCAACAGCUCCUCCGAGCCAGAGAGCAACCCGACGUCGCCCAUGUCGGGUCGCCGAACCAGUGCCUUGAACAAGUUGAGCCCCCCCACCUACCAGAACAAUCACCUUAGCCCGAGCGUCUCACCGAGGUCCAGUCCUUGGAACAGCCCUUCUUUGUUGCGCAAAGUUCCCAGGAUGUCUCCACUGGCUGAAGACGGCAGGUUGAGCCUCAGCACGAGUCCCGAAAUGCUGAGGAGGUGCACGGAUUAUUCUUCAGACAGCAGCAUCACCCCGUCCAGUAGUCCGUGGGUUCAAAGGCGGCGGCAGGCUCAAACUCUGACACAUGAGAAAAGUCCCGUCGGUAGCCCGGUGCUGAGUUCCAAAAUACAGAACGCAGUGUGGUUACCAGUCGGGGUCUUGCGUUUACCAAGAGGCCCGGAUGGUACAAAGGG